GAGUAUUAGCUUGGAAAUGAUGAAUACGUUGGCCCUGGCUCUGACCUUGCUGCUGGCCAAGCACUCUCUGAGCGCUUCCUUAAGGGACUGGCAUAGGGAUCCCGAGCUCUUGCCGAACUUUUUUCAGGGUGACCUCGUCAAAAGGCCCAGUAUGCGGGCGAACUGGCGGAGAAAUGUGAUAAGCAACACGAUCUAUCAUUGGCCAAACCGCACAGUCUUUUACUUCAUUGAAAAUGGCACCUUUGAGUAUGUCCGUAGGGCAAUGCACAGAAUAGAAAAAAUAUCUUGUGUCAAAUUUGUGGAGGCGUCCAGAGAACAAAAAUAUUUUGUCAAUAUAACAUCGGAUGAGGUCGGCUGCCAUUGCGAGGACAUUGGCUGGAGAAAUCAUCGCACGAAAGUGAAUAUUGGGUUAGGCGCUUUGGACCAGGGCUGCUUUCGCAUGGGCUCCAUAAUCCAUGAGCUGCUGCACGUGUUGGGCUUUGAACACCAGCACGUGGCCCACAACCGAGACGAGUAUGUGCGAAUCGUAUGGGAAAAUAUUAAUGCGGAAAAUCGAAUCAAUUUCCACAACAACGAGACAUACAUAGGCUGGAACAACUACGGCGAGCAAUACGACUACGGGAGUGUAAUGCACUACAUUAGUAAUGCAUUUGCCAAGAACAUAUCGCAACCAACGAUUGUGGCCCUGAAAACAGGAGGCUCAAAGAUGGGCCAACGUCGCGGAUUGAGCAAGACAGAUGUACGCAAACUAAAUAAAAUGUACAAGUGUCCUGGCCACGUAUAAACUGUAAAUGUUGAACCAUAAAAGCUAAAGAUUGCUGCAUAAGAAUUACAAUUUCACGGCACACUCUACAUUAAAAGCAUGGCAAAUGAGAUAUAUUUCUUUCAGACGGAGUAGUGGAUCUAUUGGAGAGUCACUUAUCGCGUAACCAGCCAUCCAUGAAGACUAUGCAUUUGAUGUACGUGCUACUGGCCAUAUUGCUCCUUAGGGAAGCUGCGGCAGUCUGCUGCCCGGCGUCGCCCAUCUGCGGCGAUGGCCAAAUGGUGGUCGGUGCCUAUUGCGGCAACGGCAGGUGCAACGUAUUCGGAUGCAACUGCAAAGGUGGAUGCAGAAGAAAAUCGUAAUAGGAUGUGAGCGAAGCUCUUAGCUUUUCGUGUGGUCUAAGAUCUUGUGCUCUGCAAUAAAACUGAACCUUCGAGGGCAA